AUGGCUACCGUUAGAGAUGAAUCGGACUACGACAGUAGCCGUCCGUCGUCGCUCACGGCGCUGGGCUCCCGCCGGAGCUGGAUCAGCGACAUUGGCAGCUCCAGCUCGGUCUCUGGCGGCGGCGAGACCCCCUGCCGCCACAGCAAGCCCCACAAAGCCAACCAUGCCGAGUGGGAGGCCAUCGCGCACGUCCGCGCAGCCGCCACCGGCGGCAGCGUCGGGCUGGACCACUUCCGCCUCGUGCGGCGCCUCGGCAGCGGCGACCUCGGAAACGUCUACUUGUGCGAGCUCCGCGAGCCGCCGCACCAGCCGUCGUCGUCCGGGCGCCUCUACUACGCCAUGAAGGUGGUGGACAAGGACGCGCUGGCGUUCCGCAAGAAGCUCCGGCGCGCGGAGGUGGAGCGGGAGAUCCUCCGCUCCCUGGACCACCCCUUCCUGCCCACGCUGUACGCCGACUUCGAGGCGUCGCACUACGCCUGCCUCGUCAUGGAGUUCUGCCCCGGCGGCGACCUCCACGUCGCCCGGCAACGCCAGCCUGGCCGCCGGUUCAGCGUCGCAUCCGCGAGAUUCUACGCGGCGGAGACGGUGCUGGCGCUGGAGUACCUGCACAUGAUGGGGGUUGUGUACCGGGACCUCAAGCCGGAGAACGUCCUGGUGCGCGCCGACGGCCACAUCAUGCUCUCCGACUUCGACCUCUCCCUCAAGUGCGACGACGUCAUCCCCAAGCUCCUCCGCCAACCGAGAGGGGACGGCGCCGGCGCCAACCCGAGCUCCACCUAUGGUCACUCGUCGUCGUGCGUGCCGCCGAUCCAGCCGGUGCUGUCAUGCCUGUUGAAUGGUGUAACACGCAAGCGCCAGGUGCCGAUGCCCGGUGCGGCGGCCGUGGACGCCGACGCCGCCGAGCAUUCCGAGCCCGAACAGACGUCUGAGUCUGACCCUGCAGAGGUGGUGGUGGAGCCUGUGGCGGCCCGGUCCAGGUCCUUCGUGGGCACGCACGAGUACCUGGCGCCGGAGGUGAUCUCCGGACAGGGCCACGGCAGCGCCGUGGACUGGUGGACGCUGGGGGUGUUCAUGUACGAGAUGGUGUACGGCCAGACGCCGUUCAAGGGGGCGACCAACGAGGAGACCCUCGCGAACAUCGUCAGCAAGCGGCCAGUGGCCUUCCCGCGGAUCCCGGCGUCGGCGAGCUGCGGGGAGCGAGAGGAGCUGCUCCGGGCGCAGGACCUCAUGGCCCGACUCCUGGCGAAAUGCCCCGGGAAGCGGCUAGGGAGCUGCACGGGGUCGGGCGAGGUAAAGCGGCACGGGUUCUUCCAGGGCGUGAACUGGGCGCUCGUCAGGUCCGUCCGGCCGCCGGAGGUGCCCGUGCCGGCAGCAAGGAGCAAGGCGAAGACGAUGAGCAGGAAGGAGCGGCAGGAGCCGUACAAGCAGCAACAUGAGGACCAUUUUGACUACUUUUGA